CCCCAAAAACAAACAUAAUUUCAAUUUCAAUUCCCAAUUUGACCUAAAUAUCGAUCAAAUGGGAACAAGUGGGAAUGAUGUAGAAGCGGGAUUUGCGAAGUUACAAGGAGAGGAUUUCGAGUACUACAUGCAAACAUACUCGAUAAUUCUUGGUCGGAACUCGAAGAAAUCAACGGUGGAUGUGGAUUUAUCAAGUCUAGGAGGGGGAAUGAACAUAUCAAGACACCACGCACGCAUCUUUUACGACUUUGCGCGGCGUCGUUUUGCAUUAGAAGUAUUGGGGAAAAACGGGUGCUUAGUGGAAGGCGUAUUACAUUUGCCAGGAAACCCACCGGUGAAACUUGAUUCGCAAGAUUUGUUACAAAUUGGGGAUAAAGAGUUUUACUUUUUGUUACCUGUGAGGAGUAUUUUGGGUGGACAUUUAGGGUUAAGGCAUCACGUCAAUGUUGUCCCUCAGUAUCAUUCUGGUGGGGCCGAGAGGAUGGCGGGGCCGGUCGCCGUUAGGAAAGCAGGGAGAGGGAGGGAGUCUUAUGAGGAAGAGUUUGAUGAUGAUGAGGAUGAGGAUGAUAUAGGUGGUAGUAGUGGAAAGAAGAGGAGAGAGGGAUUGGAGGGUUUUGGAUAUGGUGCUGUUGGUGGGUCUGGUGGUAAACCCGGAUUGGCUGGAGCUUUAGUUCCUUCGGAUAAGAAACUAGAUGGAAGAUCAAGAGUUGAUCGUGAGUCCGACAAUCAACAACUUUUACAGUUGGAAGAAAAAGAUGUGGUGUCAUCUGUAGCUACUGUGCUGUCUGAUCUUUGUGGCCCUGGAGAAUGGAUGCCCAUGGAGAAACUUCAUGCUGAGGUUAACGUCUGUCAGCUCUUCUCAUUACUGGAGCAUUAUAGCAAUGUCUGGCAUCACAGCCGGGUGAGGAGAUAUCUCACCUCUGAGGAAUGGCCUGGGCCUGAAUCCAAAGGAAAACCCUGGUACGGGUUGCUUAUGUUACUGAGAAAAUACCCAGAGCACUUUGUCAUCAACACGAGGUCCAAAAAUCGUGUGACACUGGAGUUUGUCUCUCUUGUCUCCCUCCUUUCUUAAGAUCCAGAGAAUAUGGGGAAGAUGAUGAUAUCUGUUCCUUUUUACUCGAUCUGUUGUGAUGAAUAUUUCUGUACAUGAUGUAUUUGACUAUGCAAGUCUGUCUUUAAGAUCUUUUCUUCUGCUAGUGUACUUUUUCUCUUUCUUUACGAAAAAUGGUGAUUCCUCCAAAAUUUUCUUGGCC